GUGUAAACUGCAAGCGCUCGUGAGGUGUGAGGAACUGAAAACGGCUCCUCGCGCGUUAAACACACGGUGUAUUCAGUUGUGUAACGAAUAUACAAACGUUUCCGUGUGUGCAAUUACUCGGUUAUGUCGGCUGCAACAUCUGCGCAAACGGAUCGAGCUACUGACAUAUGCUGUCGUCUUGUGAUACGGUGUAGCUGUCUCCAUGGCGACCAGCGUGGUUCCCGGGGACAACUUGCUCACGUAUAAACUGGUGGUGGUGGGAGACGGAGGCGUGGGGAAGAGUGCGCUCACUAUCCAGUUCUUUCAAAAGAUCUUCGUCCCUGAUUACGACCCCACCAUUGAGGACUCGUACCUCAAACACACAGAGAUUGAUGGACAAUGGGCAAUUCUGGACGUUCUGGACACAGCCGGACAGGAGGAGUUCAGUGCGAUGCGAGAGCAGUACAUGAGGACAGGAGACGGGUUUCUCAUUGUCUUCUCAGUGACUGAUAAAGCCAGUUUUGAACAUGUGGACCGUUUCCAUCAACUUAUACUAAGAGUGAAGGACAGGGAUUGUUUUCCUAUGGUUCUGGUUGCGAAUAAAGUCGACCUGGUGCAUUUACGUAAAAUCACCAGUGAGCAGGGACGUGAAAUGGCCUGUAAACACAAUAUCACGUAUAUUGAGACGAGUGCAAAAGAUCCACCCAUGAAUGUAGACAAAGCAUUUCACGAGCUCGUCAGAGUUAUACGUCAGCAGAUCCCAGAACGGGGUCUAAAGAAGAAGGGAAAGGCCAAAUGGCGGGCGGACAGACCUUCGGGGUCCCAGAGACUGCACUGCGUCUUACUGUGACCGCACAUUUCUAUCUCUGGGCGUCAAAGCCGCGAUGAUGACUCCGUGACUCGGACUGUUAAUACACACAUACACACACACACACACACACACACACACACACACUCACUUGCCUAUCAUAAGAUCCAGGAAAUAGAAAACACAGUUUGAAGAUUCCAUAAUUUAUAACAAAAAUGCAGGAAUUUCAGUUACUGAAAAAAAAAAUGUGUGGAAUCUUCUUAAACAUGUGAAGCUCUGGAUAAUGUGGCAGGAUGUUAGCGCUGUUCAGUCUUGUAAUCUCUCAGAGAACAAUUCAAAGACAUCUCUUCUGAGGCCUUGUUUUGUAUUGUAUUGUGUUUCUAUAUUUAUUGUGCUGAAUUAUAUAUUGUCGAGUGAUUGUUAAACAAAAUGACUUUGGGAAAGGUCUGUUCUGGGAAUGUAAUGAUCUGUAAUGAUCCGAAUUCAAGGUGAACUGGCAUUAAAUUAGUAAAUAAUGACGUUUAGCAAGGAAUCACCCAACCGUUGGCAAAUUUUAUGUCGUUUACCAUACAUACCUGUAGUUAAUUAUUUAUUUCUAUAGGGGAAAUUAAGAGUAAUUUCCAGUACACUGUAAAACAUUUUUGUUUAUUGGUCCUAUGGGGGAAAAAAUGGCAGCUGUGGUUGCCAUAUAUAUAUUAUGAUAUAUUAUAUCAUUUUAUUGAUAUAUAGAGCAGUAUGUAUAUAAUUAAAUGAUCAGGGUAACAAACAUUAGGCUAAAAUAAUUCAAUUAACAUCAACUAAACAACCAAAUUUAAUCGUAAAACUGUACUGGUAUGUAACUAAUAGCAAAUAUACAUAAAUACAUUUUUUAAUAAAAUCUAAAAACACAUUUUAUGGUAUUGCUAAUUUAAUUAGCUUAUUGUAUUUAAUUGAAUGUCGGGAAAAAAAAAUCAAAAUCUGUUCGAAAUGUAAUAUGCCCUAAGAAAUGAAUGGGUAACUAUUGUAACCAUGCAGGAUUUGUUUUCCCCCACACUAGCCAUGACCCCAAUAUGUGACGUGUUGCUGAUUUUAUCUAUAAAAAUUCAAAGACAAAAAUGCUGUUCUUUGGUCAGGUCACCUUUGACAAUAUAAUGUUAUAAAUCAGGAUAUGACGGACAUCAGCUGAUUGUGGAUCAGCAUUUACACAAUGAAAGUUUGUACAUUUAAUGCCUGAUCUCACUUGCGUUGCCAUAAAACUGAGCAAAUCAGUAAUUGCACAAAAACGUUACAGUGUUACAUUGUGUCUUUGAUGCUUUGUUACAUAAUUACAAUGCAACAGUACACAUUGUUACAUCAUAGAACAUUAUGAAGUCAUUAGAUCAAAGGGCGAGUUCCGCUUUGAUCUCAGUUGUAUCUCUUUUGCUUGUUUUGAAUGCAUUGUCACUUUACUUUGAAUGUGUUUUCGCUCAUUACAAAGUUCUCAUUGAUGUUCUGAAUGUGUCAUCUGUUGUUAUAAUACACCAAUUUCUCAAUUUAGCUUUUUGAGAUUUCAAACAGUCCAGCUUUAGUGUUUAGUGUAGCUUAAAGGAACAUCGUCUAAGUAGCCAGUUUACGCAGCAUGGUUUGUUUUGUGAUUGUAUAUUGCUUUUGUUUUAGCUACUUGUUACUUUAAUCGUACGAAAGAAUCUGUUUUGUUUCAAAAACUGGAGAAUUAGAUGUUGACAUUUUUGACCUCGUUUGAAACUUGGUGCAAACUUUGUUGUUCAGUUAUUAAUGGUAACUUUUUUGCCCGUUUUCUUUGAAUAAUUUAUUAUACAAAUUCUGUGUAUUCUGUGAUCAUGUCUGUAUGAAGAUCAUGAUGACCAAUUUAGGCCAAAAACUGCUCUGAUAAAUAAGGGAUUUUUUGCAUCAGGAAGAAUUUGUAAAGUGGAAUAUAAACAUAUUAUAAUAAAAAACGAAUAAAUCAA